AAACAAAUAAAUAAAUAAAUAAUACAGACUCUGAUUUCUUUUUCAUCCACACCCCUCUCUCUCUCAUAUGAGAUGCAUACACAUACACAGAAAAAGAGAAGAUAGAUGUUAGAAGAACUAAAAAAUAAAAAAUAAAAAAACACUUUCUUUCACCAUAGAAGAAGAUGGUUUUCAUUUUCAUUUGUUCUUACAUGCAUGCUUAUAAUUGGAUUUUCUUGGUUUUAGCAAGAAACUCAAACUCCAUUUGAAAGCUAGCUAGCUGCUCAAAAUCUCUCUCUCUCUCUCUUUCUUGUUUAUUACACCUUUUGUUUUUCUUCAAGAACUACAAAAAGGAGUUGUCUCAUGGGUUGAUGCCAAACUGAGGAAACAAGCCAUAAUCAACAAGAAGAUAAUUAGCAGCAAAAUCCUUACAGUGAAGAGAAAAUGUCCAAUCUAACCUCGGUCUCUAAUGAAGCAAGUGUUUCUUCUACCAACAUAAAUGGCGGCGCCGUGUUUUCCACUGCACAGUAUAAUUUCCCACCGCCGGCUUCUCAGCCUCCGCCGGCCAAGAAGAAGAGAAAUCAACCAGGCCAUCCAGACCCAAAUGCAGAAGUCAUAGCCCUUUCCCCAAGAGCCCUCUUAGCCACCAACCGAUUCGUAUGCGAAAUCUGCAGCAAAGGCUUUCAACGCGACCAAAACCUUCAGCUCCAUCGACGAGGCCACAAUCUACCAUGGAAGCUCAAGCAAAGAUCUCCCAAAGAUAUCGUUCGGAAAAAAGUUUACAUUUGCCCGGAGCCCGGUUGUGUCCACCACGACCCGUCUCGUGCGUUAGGCGACCUCACCGGAAUCAAGAAACACUUUUGCCGGAAGCACGGUGAGAAGAAGUGGAAAUGCGAAAAGUGUUCGAAAAAAUACGCGGUUCAAUCGGAUUGGAAAGCCCAUUCAAAGACUUGUGGCACAAGGGAGUAUAGGUGUGAUUGUGGCACUCUUUUCUCAAGAAGAGACAGUUUCAUCACACACAGAGCCUUUUGUGAUGCAUUAGCUGAAGAAAAUGCAAGAAUAUCCAUAUCAACAACAACUACAAAUCACCCCAAAAACAACAACCAAAUCCAAUCCCAAAUUUUCAACAUCGACCCAUCAUUAUUCCCACCCAUCAUCAAAAGAGAGGCGGCCCAACAAACCUUCUCGGGCCUUAUCCGGCCCGCGGGCCCGGACUGGCUCUCCUCCUUCAACUACAACCACCACCCGCCAGCUGGCAGCGGCCCGUCCGACCUAAUCCUCCUCCAAAACCCUAACCCUAAUUGCCUUCCCGGGCCCACCUGCGGCCCGGCUGCCCCACAUUUCUCCGCCACGGCCCUUCUGCAGAAGGCCGCCCAAAUGGGCCCGAGGACGAGCUGCGGGCCCAAUGGGCCGGGCCCAGAUGGGCUUUUUUAUCAUUCGGGCAAUAAUAAUAUCAUUCGUGGCGGGCCGGCGGUUUCGGGCCCGGAGAGCUUCGAUUUCGAUGCGGCCAUGGAAGAGCUCGGGCGGGCCCGAGAAGAAGGGAUGAUGACGACGAGGGAUUUCUUGGGAUUGAGGGCACUUUCGGAAAGUGAGAUAUUGAGCAUGGCUGGUUUGAUGGAUAACAACAACAAUGGGAUUAAUGGUGGUGGAGUUGGGGAGAAAGGGCAAAAUGGGCAUUUUUAAAUAUUUGUCUCCUUUUUUUUGUUUAAGGAAAUGGAUGGAUUCUUGUCUCUUGAUUAUGACUUUAUAUGAGACUCGGGGGCUAUAUAUAUCUUGUUUAGAAUGAACGAGGAAUUAAUCUAAACUAUUUUGGAAUUUGAUGAAAAAGUUUGGGGAAAAAAACCCUAUUGAAAUGGUACUUUCUUUUAGACUUGAGAGUAGUAUUUGUGUUGUGCAAUAUGUUGUUUUUAUGUGGCCAUAGUUGAUAAUUAAAAUUGCAACGUUUCAUUUAUUUUGAUGUUUAAUUGUCC